ACGAAUGUUAUAUACUUGUCCUACUCAGCAAGGAUUAGAAGACUCGCAAGGUGGCUCAAAAUUUUAUGUCGACGAGCAAAUACCACGGCGUGAAAAUCUAUGGUGGCCCCCUCAAACCGAUAACUUAGCAUCAGUGGAUUCAACGCUACAAACAGUGGAGGUUAUCUCGUCGCGAAUUUUCAUUUCAACUGCUUCAUCCUCGAGGAAUUUACGCCAAGUUCGGUUCCUUCGCUAAUAACUUCUUGGUCGUCAAUCCUGGGGUGGAUGGGGAGUUUGCCGUUGUGGCUGAUUGACCCCCUGCUCAGAUCUAACCCACCCCUCCUUUUGACUAUGAGGUAGCAUUCCAGAUCGUCUUGUAUUAUGUCUGGAGGGGAUCAUACCUGGUUCACCGUAUGCGAUCGUAGCUGAACCUGAACUCGUGAGAGACGUCGAACGCCUGAACAACGUCUAUCAGGUCAUAGAGCUUGAUAUCAACAGACCAUGACUAUUCCAUCAUGUUGUCCUGUCGCGCAAACACGCACGGGUGAUCAGAAUACCAUCCCUACUUCCUCGCGCUACACCCCUUUCCUCCUGUGGACAACCUAUAUUGGUAAAAGCAUGUCGGUGGCUCUGUAUGUUCGUGGAAAUGCGCGCAGCCUUGAUGUUUCAUGA